AUGGUGACUGAAGGCAUUGUUCUUGGACAUCAAAUUUCAAAUAACGAAAUAGAAGUUGAUCAAGCUAAGGUAGAGGUGACUGAACGAUUGCCACCACCAACUAAUGUCAACGCAAUCAGAAGUUUCCUAGGACAUGCAGGAUUUUACAAGAGAUUCAUAAAAGAUUUCUCUAAAAUUGCAAAACCCCUGUGUAAUCUCUUAGCCAAUAACUUCCCACUUGUCAUUGACCAAGAAUGUUUGUAUGCCUUUGAAACUCUGAAGGCCAAGCUUGUGACUACUCCUAUCAUCUCUGCACCCAAUUGGCAUUUGCCAUUCGAACAAAUGUGUGACGCCAGUAAUCAGGCCAUUGGCGUAGUUUUGGGUUCAGAGACUUGA